AUGGAGGAAGAUUACAUUAGUUUUGUACGGAAAUGCCACAAAUGCCAAAUUCAUGCCAAUCGCAUGAACAUACCACCAUCUAAGCUUUACAGUAUGACUUUACCAUGGCCUUUCUCAGUCUGGGGAAUCGAUGUUAUCGGUGCAGUCUUGCCAAAGGGGUCAAAUGGACACGAGUUCAUCCUAGUGGCGAUUGAAUACUUCACGAAGUGGGUAGAAGCUCAGUCCUAUGUCAUGUUGAAAGCGUUGCAUGUAGCUAAAUUCAUCAGAAAUAACAUCUGCCAGUAUGGAGUUCCAAACGAGAUUAUAUUAGAUAACAGCUUACAUUUCAAAAAAGAGGUGGUGGAUCUGCUUGAUAAAUAUAACGUGUCUUUUCACAAGUCAUCGACAUAUAGACCACAGACCAAUGGAGUUGUUGAGGCUGCUAACAAGAAUGUUAAGAACAUCAUGCGGAAGAUAGUUGAAACCAACAGGAAUUGGCUGGAUAAAUUGUCGUUUGCUCUCUAG